GCGGGCUUGGCAGUGACGCGGGGCCCUCACGUGANCCGGGGCUGCAGAGCGACGCAGCCUUGGGUGCAGUCGUCACAAGCGUCUGGCCGGCAGCAGCUCGGAGCUCCUGUGCGCGCGGCGGGCUGGCAGCGGGCCCAAGGCGAGCGGGGCAGGUCUACUGCGAGCCGAGAGUCCAGGCGGCAGCGGGAAUUGAGAGGAGAACUGUGCCGCAAGGGAUAGGCCCAGGAAAACGAAGAGAUGGAGCAGCCCCUGCAGAAUGGACAAGAAGACCGCCCUGUGGGAGGAGGUGAGGGCCACCAGCUUGCUGCAAACAACAACCACCAAAACCACAACCACAACCACAACCACCACCACCACCACCACCGAAGAGGCCAGGCUCGCCGACUAGCCCCUAACUUCCGAUGGGCCAUUCCCAAUAGGCAGAUUAAUGACGGCUUGGGUGGAGAUGGAGAUGAUAUGGAAAUGUUUAUGGAGGAGAUGAGAGAGAUCCGGAGGAAGCUUAGGGAGCUGCAGCUGAGAAAUUGUCUGCGCAUUCUGAUGGGGGAGCUGUCUAACCACCACGAUCACCAUGAUGAAUUCUGCCUUAUGCCUUGACUUCGGUCAUUCCCCACCCCCCUUGAGAUCCAUACUGUGAUUCCCGCUGUAACCCUUUUCCUUGCAUUUUCCUGACAUGCCUUUAAUGACCCGUUUGUGGUGAGCCUUGUGUUAUUUCCAUGUGCCAGGUGGGGCUUGUGUUGCCAGCUUCUAAUUGGAGAUUGCCUUCCCACUCAGUGUGAGUUUCUGUCAACAGUACAGUGUUGCCCAUUUGCAUGGAAAAAUGUAAAGUCAAUAAAGCAACUGAAAAGCAACCUGGAUAAUCAUUAUUGUGUCCUUAAAGCAUAAAUAAACACUUAAGAGUAAAAAAAAAAAUGAGCCACAAAAA